AUACUCGGCGCGGGCGGACGUACGUUAUGCGAGAAGCAGCUGGCAGGAUGGCCGAACUCGAGUUCGAGGCACCGCUCGCGCAAAUAGAGGAAACCGACGACUGUCUCAGCACCGCAGACUACCCACAAAAAACAAUUAACGGCAAUGACAUACACAUAAAUAAUAUCAACCAUCUUAAAAGUGAAAUCAUCAAAAUGAAAACAGAUUCAAACAAAAUAAACGAUAAUGAAGAACCUAAACUGGUGAAGUGCAAACAGGACAAUAUGCAAAAUGGCGAAGGUGACAAUUUCACGGAAACUUUCUCCGGAUCGCUCGAAGAUCUGGUGAACACCUUCGACGAGAAGAUCACCAAGUGUUUCGGAAACUACGAGGAGAGUGUGGAAAAAUUUGCCCCGGUUCAAGUUCGCUCACAAGAGGAGAUAAUGAACGAAUGCCAAAUGUGGUGGACAAUCACUGGCAACUUCGGCAACAUUCUGCCAAUAGACUGGACCAAGUCGUUCUCCAGAAAAAUGCACAUCCCUACCUUGAAUCUCAGCGACAAAAAGGGUGCAAUGACACCAGAUGACGAAAUCCACAGUUCUGAAGACGAAGCAGUGGCAUCCGAUCUGGACAUGCAUGCUUUGAUCCUAGGGGGGCUGCACCAAGACCACGAGUGUCCUGUUAAGACUGCGGAUGAGGUUAUCCAGGAGAUAGAUGACAUGAUGCAGGAAACGCCGUCGUCAGAAGGAGACAUCAUUGAAUAUAAUGAAGCUUUGGAGAAAGGCAAGGAGGUCCUUAACUCGCCGCUUUAUGAAGAUAAACUCCGCCAACUAUCACUGUCACAACUCAACGAAAUCUUCCUAGAACUGGAAGUCCUAAUCAGGGAGUUCUCAGAGACCCUGAUCGCGGAGCUGGCAUUGCGGGACGAGCUGGAGUACGAGAAAGAGCUGAAGAAUACCUUCAUUUCACUCUUGCUCGCGGUUCAGAACAAACGGAGGCAGUACCAUAUCGAGAAGAAGAAGCGACCGGGCCCGCCGAGGUCUCCGAAUCUACAGAAUUCUGAACCCAAGUACUUGACCACAGUAAUACCAUUCCAUUUGGACAACGGACCACCGGACAACCAGUCCCUGCAAGUGCUUAUAAAAAUUCUGAAGGCAAUAAAUGAAGAUAGUCCGACGGUACCCACGCUGUUAACAGACUACAUUCUCAAAGUACUGUGUCCAACGUAAACUAAUUUUAGACCCUAGCUAAUUACACUACUCAAAUUAAAUCAUUUCAACAAGCACACUAUAUGAUAUUAUCCUCACAUUUCGUUGCUUUUUAAAAAAAAUAAAAACAGAGAAACUAAAUAAAUAAGUUCUUAUUAAUUUUAGAAGUAAAGCUAUGGCUCCAUGAGACGUAAUGAAAUGAUCAAUAAAAAUCGACACAAAUAAAUGCAGUUAAUUUGAUUAUGCAAUAUUUUGUUUAAAAAAGGACUUCAUUUACCUAUAAUAAACUUAAAAAAUAUGAUUACUCUGCAAAAUUGAAUGUAAGUGCCUUUUAAUCACACCAUGAAAUAUUCUUUGCAAAGUUUAAAUGCUUAAAUUCUUUAAGAAAAAUGAGAAAUGAUUUGUCUAUCCUACUAAAAAUACGUUCAGAAUGGAACCAGAGCUUAUUUCAUAUUCACAAAAUAAAGUGCAUGAAUUAUUAUGCAUUUUACAUUCAGAUAAUUGAAAUUAACGUAUCUAAAUUAUGUAUAUUCAAAAAAUCUAAAUGUUAUAUUCAAAAAAUCUAAAUGAUGUUAUGUUGAAAUGUUAAUUCUACAUUGCCAUAAUUUAUUUUGGUAUUAUCAGCUUAGUGUUUAUUUAUCUAUAUACCUAACCUAUAUUUACUUUAUUUGCAUAAAUGAACUGUGAUAUCAUAUGGUAGUUGGUUAAUUAAUGCUUCCUUUAAGACUUAUAUGUUAAUUUUUUUUAAAUUAUAAUUGAAACUCCUAUAAUUUAAAAAAACGCAGGUUUUAAAAUUAAUUUUUAUUAUUUGGUCCUCUAUUGAUCAUUGGUCUCACGUAAAAUGUAUGUGAAUUUAACUCUAUUGUAAAUAUGAAUAAAAAUUUAAUUGAAAAUGGAAUUGUGCUUCGGUAAUUUUAGUGUAAUAACACUGGCUGCAGAGGCUUGUAAAUAGUUUUAAUAUCCGCUUGUAGAUUUGUAGUAAAAUGAUGUUUAAUUUUUAAUUGUCAUUGUUAACAUAUUUUUUUAUCUUAUUUUAUUUAACAUACCAGUCAAAUUAUUAAAAAAAAAUAUUAUCAUCGACGUAUAUACAUAGUAGGUAUGCCCAGACAAUUUAUUGUAUUUCAACUUGUUUAUUACCUGACUAGUUUCUCCGUAAUAGUAAGUACCUACGUACAAUAUUUUACUUCAAAUAUUAGGUACUUACGCUUUAUGAAGAACAAUACAACGAUGAUGGAACAUACCUCUAAAGUGAAGGUCAACCGGUCUGUUGGUUUCCCUUUAUUAAGUAUUUGUCGUAAUAGUUGUAUAAAACGGACUAAAGAUGAAUUUUUCAUAACGGGAAGAGAAGGGUCAACCAAAUACUUUCAAGAAAUGAUAAGAUUUUAGGUACACAGAUUAAUGUUAAACCUAGAAAUAUAGAACUAAGACCUUUAAAAUACCCUGAAACCAGCUGAACUGAAUUCAUACUAAUUAUUAUGAAUUUAGCUCAUUUAUACUACUGAUAGAACAAUUUUUGUUAAUAAUUAUGGUAUUUAUAGAUCUUACCUAUUUAGAUUUUUUUCAAUGUUUCGAAGAUUAAGUUGGAAAAUGUCUAUUUAUGCGCUAUUUCCAGACAAAAAAUAAUUUUAAGUUAUUUAUCUAGUCUCGACUCAACAUUUUGUAGUCAUAAUUUGUUAACUUUAUUGAGAAAAAUGAUAAAUAUAAAUAAAUACUUUUAAUCAUCUAAUUGCAUGGUAUUGUAAAGUUGGUUGUUGAUUACACAAUUUUAAUUGUGACAUUCUGUUUGCGAAUUAUUUGUGGAUGCUUUUGUCGCACAUAAAAUUAUAGAGAAUACCUCUUUGUGCAAAAAUGUAUAAUAAAAAAAUGGGAAUGAAUCGGUGAGGUACCAGAUAACUAAGUCCGCUAUCCAGUUUAUUACCAAGUGGGAUUUUGUCCAAAAUUAUUUCGUACUGUAACAAUCAUUAAAACCAAAAAACGUUUUCGUAAUGAAGUUUAUUUUUAUUUAUCUAGGGUAUUUUUGACGCAUUAUUUUUUAACAAAGCAGUUUAAAGAAGCCACGGUAAAUUGAAAUAUAUUUAGCGGACAUAAGUAUGAUUGUGUAAACGUUAUAUAUAUUGUAAGUAGAUAACUGUUAAUAAUUGUAAGUGCAAGUUUCAUUUAAAUUAUCAAUGGCGAUCUUUUUUGCAUUAUUUAUUUCUGCAUUUAAGCUACCUUAUCAGGAAAAUUUAAAUGUGUAACUUUUUUAAGUGCGUCAUGUAUGGCAAAGAUAAAAUAACUUAAAAAGAAAAAAUAAAAACAAUUUGAAUAACACGACCAUAUUUUGGGACUUUACCUACCUUUUUAAUUUCAAAAGUUGUCCGUAAGCUAAAUUCAUUGCAUAAUUUAAUUGAUCAUUUGAUAAUGAUAUACACAAGUGCAAAAAGUUUGAAACAAAAUGCCUACUAUCAGCUGCUAGUAUAACCGAUAUAGACAAUGAAAAUAGCUAUUUUCAUUGUCUAUAUCGGUUCUUCGGAUCUGAUUUUGUCAAAUUCACGCUUAAAAGAUUAAGAUAAAAAAUUUCAUGAUUAAAUAAAAAUAACAAUACAAUAUCUAUAUAAAUCUGUUGCGAUCUUGCUAAAAAUGUUUGUGACGUUGCAAUUUGCUGGGAAAAUGGUACCUGGUUAAAAUAAAGGAGCUUGAAUGAA